AUCAUCUGCUAACGGUGGGGAGGAGGGAAGAGCAGCCAACGAUCUCUCACCCUUAACUCCUCUCUUCGCCCUGUCUCGGAUCGCGUGCGUUUGAUUGGAUGAAAACUAUCUUCAUUACUUCGGUUCUGCCUUGUGAUUGUAGCUUAGUGAAAACAACAAUGGAGCGACUUGGAGUGAAAGCUACUCCUUCCCAUAACCGUUCUAAGACAGCUUUGUACGUGACCCCUCAGGAUCGUGUAACCGAGUUUGGGAGUGAACUGCAUGAAGAUGGAGGGAAAUUGUUCUGUACUUCCUGCAAUAUGGUCCUGAAUCACGUUCGCAAAUCUGCAAUCAAUGACCAUCUCAAGUCUAAAACUCAUACAAAGCGGAAGGCAGAGUUUGAAGAGCAGAGUGUCAGAAAGAAGCCGAGGGCUCUGACUGCUUCUCUCCAAUGCAACAGUGCUACUCAGACAGAGAAAAUCAGUGUCAUCCAGGACUUUGUGAAGAUGUGCUUGGAAGCUAACAUCCCACUUGAGAAAGCUGACCAUCCAUCGGUGCGAGCUUUCCUGUCUCGCCAUGUGAAGAAUGGUAGUUCCAUUCCGCAGUCAGAUCAGUUAAGGAAAACGUACCUGCCUGAUGGAUAUGAGAAUGAGAACCAACUCCUCAGUAUGCAAGACUGUUGAGAAGAUGACUAUUUUGGGGAUGGCGUAUUAAAGUUACAUAUUGAUGGUGUGGUUUAUUUUUAUAUUCAUGCAUACACUGUUAUAUUGGUUUUACAGUUUAUUUUGUAUUACUGUAGACAUGACAAUCUAUCACCAAAAUUAAUGAUGUGCCACAGACUCUUGAUAACCCUACUGUAGAGUUUAUAUCCACUGUGAUUCAGAACUCAUUUACAAGAUAGGGAACAUCUAUGUAAAGGCCAACCAUAACUGUGACAUUAACAAACACUCACGUGUGCAUGGAGGACUUUCCAUGCCAAUUCAAUCACCAACAUGACAUCUUCAUUACACAAGAAAGGACCAAACAGUAGGAAUUACUUUACUACAUCAGACAUAUUGACCAUCUUUGUUCAGUAUUCUGUCUCUGUCAAUGACCAGGAAUAAGUCCUGUAUUGUUAGCGUGCAAAAAGUCGUAUAAUGGCCAGUUACAUAAUAACCUGCCCACAGAAGCAAAUUCUAACCGCUGGUAGAGGUUGACUUAUGCCUUGCAGCAUGGGGACUUACAUCCUUUUAAAAAACUCUUUUAUCCUAUCUAACGUAACUCUGGAUGUUCUCGUCUAUCUAAAUACCUAAUUAUGGCUUCACUUUUCUCUUAAAGCAGGGAGUUCAAUAGGUUUGUUACGCAUUGCAUAAAAGAAAAAGCAGUUUCUUAUCUCAGUUUUAAAUUCACUGCCUUGCAGUUUCAAUGUGUCUCCUUAUAGUAAGCUGAGAGACUAGUGUCUUUGAGCAAGGUGCCUUGUGCAGCUGCUGGCCUAUGAAACACAUGCCUGGUCACGGUCCCUAAUAAUACAGUUUGCUAUGUGUUUUCCUAGCAUGACAGCAGAAGCAGAACAUCUUCUUUUCAAUCUGUUAGCUAUAAACCAGAACCCAGUUGGAACUGAUCAGGACAUGGGAGUAGCAGUUCAAGAGUCCUACUUGAGUAUGGGGUCACUUAAGCUCUUGCACUCAUACUCUUUUCCUGAGUAUGGGGUCACUUAAGCUCUUGCACUCAUACCCUUUUCCUGGGUCUUGUGCUUGUCGCAGACUAAGUGACCUAAAUGUGUUUUUAAAACAGUUACUGUUGAUGACAAAUAGUUCAUGUAGUGUAGCUAUGAGGUAAGUGUACCGAAAAGGAUGCAACAGUAGAAUAAGUGUUACCUGGGUUACAGUUCCUUUUCCAAGCCAGUGUCAUCUUCACUGGAUCAUAAAAAAAGUGACUUACUGUAUAUCAGUAAUGUGUGUUUCUUUCUCUGAAUUGUGUAAUUCUCAACCCUUUUCACAUCUUUUUGGGGGAGUUGAGUAUUAUGCCUAAAUUAAGUAUGGUGGUAGCCCACUCAACUUUAGUGUCCAAGAAAGCUCUUGGGUGAGGAGAGAGACUAUUGUGCAGAGGCAAGUAACACAACUGCCUUUUCUGGCGCCUCCUCUGGGCUAUGAUUCUGUGAGGUGCUGAGCAUCUCCUAUGCAGUGCAGCAUGCCUUCCACUCACCAUAAGUGUUCUGUCUCGCAGGUUUAGUUCCUCCUAUUUUGCUGCUUUUUCCCUUUCUUGGUUUUCACUAACUAUACUUCUCAUUUUUCUUCAUUUUGCCCAUUUCAUUUUAGGGUGCUGACAGUAGCAUUAACGAAUAGUGCUUACAGGUGGAGUUGUAGAGGGACACAGACUAGCCUGCUAUUAAUUUGGUUGGUUUCUGCAGUUCUCGGUAGUUUAAAAUACACAUCAGCUUGAAGAGAGGAAACAGUUUAAUGCUGACUAUUUUUAUACAAUCUUCAAGAACUUGUCAGAUGAAUGGCUCAAAGUGUAUUCACACAAUUUAAUCAUUUCUUUCUUGCAACUGGUUGCCUGCUGUGCGAGGUGUAUUUGUAUAGACACAGCAAACUAAAUGAAUAGUAUGCAGGCAAAUUGUUGCACCGGUGCUGAGCCCCAUUGAAGCCAGUGAGGCUCGACACAGUUAAAGCAAUCUGCCCAUUCAAUAUCAAUUGCUGGUUUAGGACUUCAGAUAGAAAUAGUAGUGGAAAUCUUUCUCUUGAUCUUGGAUGUCUCAAUUUGCCUUCACAAGUGUGACUAGCUAUGGGAUGUGCUUAGGAUCAUGCAUUGCGUAGGGCUGGUACUGUUUCAUAUAAAUCCUCUUAAGACACAUGAGUAUAAGUUACCACUGCCAAUAGCCUUUUCUAUGUUAAAAAAUUGUGUUCUUCCAUGACAGCUCCUCUUCUUGUUUCAGUGGAGUCAUGCUAUCUGCAAUUCAUUAAUCAAAGUUAGAUAUCUUUGAAUUAGUUUUGUAUUCCAUCCAUACAGUUGUAUUAGGGUUGAAUCACAAAGGGAAAACAGUUGUGAGUAUUGAGGAAACAGCUUGAGUAUGAAUUUUUGAAAUCAGUCUUCCAUUAAAACAAGAAAGUGCUAUUUUAUGUACUAGUUUGAGAUGACUAAUUCUGGCCUUGAUGUUUUUUAAUAAUUUUACAGGCUAUUGUUGAUAUUAAAGUCGCUUUACAAAAGACCUAAAAGGAAAUGUUUUUCUCUGCUCUCUACUAUCAAACUAAUAAACCCUCUUCAAAAAGCUAUGCUAGCAUUAUGAUUAAGCAUGUUGGUACACAGACUAAUAAAACAAAACAAAAAAGGCCGCUUCACUCUUGUGUUAGAAGAAAUAAAAAAUGACAGGCAACUUUGGUAAAUAAAUUAUGUUGUUUUUCAAGUAUCUAAGGAGAUUACUACAAAUAAUAGAAAAUAAAGCAUUAGUAAUAUGAUUAAUAUACACUUGAUGUCAGCCUUUUAAAACACUAUAUUUAUCUUUAUAAAGUGAUAAAAAUCUGGUCUAAAAUUAGACUUCAAUUAUAUCAAUUUACAAGUUUGAUGUAGUUCUUCACAGGCUUUCUAGAAUACUUCAGUGCCAAUUUUUCUUUUUAAUCUAAAGUCAGUGCUAGCAGCACAGCCCUUGUAACAAACCUUAGGGUUUUCCAGAUAUCUUGGUGUCAUUAAGAUUUCACAAAUAAUGUCCCAAAUAAUAAUUGAAAUACAGCAGGUGUUAUGAAAAGAAUAAAUAGACAUGUUAAAUACAAGGCACGUACUAUCUAUAUGAGAUAAUGGGGGCUGUAUAGUGAAACCUUUCUUGAGCUUCACUAGCUGUACUAGUGGAAAAAUGAUAAUAAUUUUUCUCUCUUGAAACUUUGUUUCAGAAAUACCAGACAUCAGUUUGUUAUGGCAAGUGUUCAUAAACAAAACAUUAAAAAUACAAUUGGCAUUCCAGGCAAAUUUGAGUCAAGACAAAGUAAGUGUGACAGGCACGUGGGGAGUUAAUUUAUUCUGUUUCUUAUGUAAUUCUAAACAUAAUCCAAAAUGCCUGUGAGACACUUGUUUUCUUUUAAAAUUAGAAAUGCGUCCCAUGCAAAAUCCCAGAAAACCCCUGCAACUUUGUCAUGGUCAGAUUUUGCCCUCGUCUAAUUACACUUGAUUUUGGGGGAAAAUUUCAAUCAAAACUUCAUCUCUAACUUUCAUAAAUAAUAGACUGUAUCCUAGGAUUUCAAUACACCUCUACCUCGAUAUAACGCUGUCCUCGGGAGUCAAAAAAAUCUUACCGCGUUAUAGGUGAAACCGCGUUGUGACGAACUUGCUUUGAUCCGCCAGAGUUCGCAGCCCUGCCCCCCUGGAGCACUGCUUUACCGCGUUAUAUCCGAAUUCGUGUUAUAUUGAGGUAGAGGUGUAUUUAAUGAAAUAAAUAGUUUAUUUAAAAAUCCCGUGGGUUUUCCUUACUUUUACAAGAAAUCCGCAUUAUUUUUCCAAAUGCUUCCUGCAGAGAGAGCUCUUAGUCAAUGGGGUGUGGUAGUAGAAACUUCAAGUUUUCAAUUACCUCUAAUAUGGUAGAGUUGGGGGCCUGCUGCAAAUGGCUUUGCCACUGUUAAAAUAUUUGCUGGUUAUGGUUGUUGUUUUUUUAACCUUGUAAAUAAGCUAGAUUAACUAAUUGGCAUCCGGACACUACUUUGAAAUGCAUUUUUAAAAGCCAAUUUUCAGAGUAAGAAGGUGGGCAAAAACAACAUUCCAUGUUUCACAGUCAUUUGUGAAUUUAUGCACCAGGUUUAUUGUAGUUUGUUCAGGCAGUUUGUGUGUCACCAGGACACAAACAAUUCAAGUUCUUGAUUUUUUUUUGAUUUUUUUUAAGCUCUAAUUAUUUUAAAAGCAUGUAGAAACCUCUAAUUUGGCUGGUCAUUAGUUCAUAGGAAUCAUGAAACAUUUUGCAUAGUUGGAGAGAGACUGGUUUUCAAUUAAAAGAGAGACUUGGUUCUGCAAAGUGUUGGACAUUCUCAUGCCAGAAAAACUCAUUAGCCUGAAAAGGAUUAUUUUAGUCUGGGUUUAUUUUAUUUUAUUUUAUUUUAUUUUAUUUUUUUACUGCUUCUAUGGAACUGAACAGUGAAGCACUCCAGCCCUGGUUGUUUGAUACCAUAUUGACCUAAUUUUCAGAACGUCUCUGGAAGUCUGGCAGUGAGAAAUAGUCCUUGUUUAUUGUGUUCACUUUGUAUUCAUUGCUAACUUUUAUUUGCUCGAGCAUGUAACCUGAGCACUCGUUGUCUGUGUAAAAUUUUAAAGUUGUGUGUUGAAUUCAAUAAAUGUUUUAAGCAAAAAAAAA